AUUGCCAGACCUUCCUGCACAGCGCUGUUGGUCACUAAUGCAGUUUGAGACCAAUGGCUAUUGCACAACUGUAAUGGUAAUGGGCGGGCGGGGCCGCUUGUUUGCCUCUCCUCCAUCUGAACGCGCUAAAACAGAGCAACCCGAAACCCUUUAAACUCCUUACCACCUGAGAGACACUUUACAACUUUGCCGACGACCGUGUGUCGACGCAGUUUUGCGGUGUAGACCUCGAAAUCUUGGAUCACUGCUUCAUGCGCGCCCGGAGGGUCUACAAGGGUGUGUGUGACAUCUCCCCUUCCCCUCUGUGACCUCUGAACCCCGGUCAACCUUCUCCCCCUCUCCUCCCUGAGGCCAGACUGUGAUCCAUGGCGCUGGAUAAGCUGUUGAGUUUCGGGAAGCAGUUGCUGAGGGUGAAGGUGGUGGACUGUAACACAGAGGACUCCCGCCUGUCCCGAUGCCUCAACACUUUUGACCUAGUGGCCCUGGGUGUGGGCAGCACCCUGGGCGCUGGCGUCUACGUGCUAGCCGGUGCUGUUGCACGAGAGAAUUCAGGUCCUGCUAUUGUGCUGUCUUUCCUGAUAGCAGCCUUGGCCUCAGUGUUGGCCGGUCUGUGCUAUGCUGAGUUUGGAGCCCGUGUUCCAAAGACAGGCUCAGCUUAUCUUUACUCCUAUGUGACUGUAGGGGAACUCUGGGCCUUCAUCACUGGAUGGAACCUCAUCCUCUCCUAUAUCAUUGGUACCUCCAGUGUGGCCCGAGCAUGGAGCGCUACCUUCGACGAGUUGGUAGGGAAGCGCAUAGAGCAGUUCUGCAGAGAGUACAUGUCAAUGAAUGCACCGGGUGUAUUGGCAAAGUACCCUGACAUGUUUGCUGUUGUCAUCAUAAUCACCCUCACAGGUCUGCUGGCAUUUGGGGUCAAAGAGUCAGCAAUGGUGAAUAAGGUUUUUACGUGUAUCAACGUCCUAGUGUUGUUGUUCAUGGUGGUGUCUGGUCUGGUCAAAGGUACUUUGAAGAACUGGCAGCUUGACCCUGAAGAGAUCCUACAUGCCAAUAAUACCAGUAACUCCAGCCUCAAUCUGACAGACAUCCUGCCAACCAAAGAAAGUUUAGGAGAGGGCGGCUUCAUGCCGUUUGGUUUCACAGGCGUCCUAUCGGGUGCUGCUACCUGCUUCUAUGCUUUUGUCGGAUUUGACUGCAUCGCCACCACAGGUGAAGAGGUGAAGAACCCCCAGAGAGCCAUCCCUAUCGGCAUCGUAUCCUCGCUGCUUAUCUGCUUUGUAGCGUACUUUGGUGUUUCUGCUGCCCUCACCCUCAUGAUGCCAUACUACCUGCUGGACAACAACAGCCCCCUGCCUGUAGCUUUUAAUUAUGUGGGCUGGGGAGGAGCCAAAUAUGCUGUAGCUGUAGGCUCUCUUUGUGCCCUCUCUACUAGUCUGUUGGGUUCCAUGUUCCCCCUACCCCGAAUCAUCUUUGCCAUGGCUCGGGAUGGCCUGCUCUUCUCCUUCCUGGCCCACAUCAGUGAGAGGAAAUCCCCCAUAACGUCUACUGUCGCUGCCGGGGUUAUGUCUGCUAUCAUGGCAUUUCUGUUCGACCUGAAGGACCUGGUUGACCUGAUGUCAAUAGGGACGCUGUUGGCCUACACAUUAGUGGCUGCCUGUGUUUUGGUUCUCAGGUACCAGCCUGAGCAGCCCAAUCAUGUGUAUCAGAUGGGAAAUACCCACGAUGAUGUGGACCUGGGCGACGGCAUCAGUGUCCCCAGUAUGGGUAUCCUGCCUGGUGUGGAAGAGAGGUUCAGCUUUAAGAACCUCCUGUUCCCAAAUAACCCUGAGCCAUCCACACUUUCAGGCUUCGCUGUCAACACCUGUGCCUCUCUCAUGGGAACGUUGAUCCUGGUGUUCAGUAUAAUGGCAGUGCAGGGAGGCGCUGCUGUGUGGAACAUCAUAGCCCUCAGUGUCAUCUUCAUGGUGUGUCUUCUCCUCACCAUUAUCAUCUGGAGACAGCCUGAGAGCAAGACAAAACUUUCCUUCAAGGUUCCACUGCUACCCUUUAUUCCAGUGAUCAGCAUGUUUGUAAAUGUUUUCCUGAUGAUGCAGCUGGACAGAGGCACUUGGAUACGGUUUGCUGUCUGGAUGGCUAUAGGUUUUGUGAUCUACUUCGGCUAUGGGAUUCAUCACAGCGUUGAGGGCGCUCGUCAUCGCUCGCCAGACACAGAGAUGAACGGCUUCAAGUGCGACCAUGAUUCAGGAGCCAUGUCAAUAGAAAAAGAGGCCUUCCUGCGCAAUGGCAUCAAUGCCAGGGAAGAGGACGAUGAAGAUUUGUAGGACGCAUUAAAACACAUUGUGUACAUUUCGACCUCCCCUGACGCCAGUCUGUCUGUGUAAGAAUAUUUUUGACUUGACGACUCCCAGUCCUUCACUGGCAAGUAGUAAUCAUACAUAACUUCGACCUAAAAUUCACAAAACUGUGACUUUCCCUAAUGACUGCUGGGUAGAAAACUGGUGACAAUACUCAUGCAAAAAUAGAACUUCUUGAGCCAUAAUUGACAUGUUCUAUUAAUUUAGUAUUUUGUAAUACACUACGUUACCCUUUUUGCUUGGCUUUGAGCUUCAACUGCUCGUUAUCGCUUGGCUGUCUAGGGGGCGGGGCUUGUGUUUGAGACAUUUCAGUGUUUCAGGAGGUUGAGUUGAGGUCUGGGUUACAUUGCUGGCAGUCGGACUGUGUGCACAUGUGUAACAGCUUUCGUCUGGGUACGAAAACAUUUUACAAGAUUAAAUACAGAUUGGUUCCAAUAGCUAUAUUCUUUUAAACCUGACAACUCUUAUGUAACUGAUGUUGAAAUGCUGCUCUGACAGUCCUCCUCUGAGAGACAGGGAGACACUGUGAGAGCUUGCACAAUACACUGCAACACACUUGUCAAUGAUAUAAUUACCCCUGUUCACUAGCAGAAAAGGGUGGUUGGGCCAAUGGCUGCACAGUAUAAGUGGGCCAGCAGGAAACCGUAGGUUACGGUUACCAUGAGUCCAAUUUUAGGUCCGAAGGAUUGCAUUGAUACCAGCAAUCAAAAGCCUUGGAUCUGGCUGAAAAUUGUGAUGCAGAAAUGUCUGUAACAAGACACCAAAUAACAUAUCCUGUUGGACAGUUCCUUAAGCUGGGAUACAGAGAUACAGAGGAAGUGAUUGGUCUAAUGCUUUAUUGACACCAAAUGUGAAAGACACGUGCAAAGACAAGAAUAGACGCUAAUUGGCGGUCGGCGAAGCGAAUGAUGUGACACAAAAUUUGCGCCAUUCACACAAAUAUUGUAGCCGCCUAUGAGCGGUGAAAACCACUGAGCUGUGUGCGGCUCCGAAUGAUGUUAUUAAUCCAGACACGACAGCGUUUGGUUUUCUGGCAAAUCUGGGUCUUCCACAACAGGUACAAAGCAGCAAUAUUGGUUAUUUUGGCCAUGGUUGAUGACGGGAAGAAAUGGUGGCAAGAAACGUGGUUGGUAUCUACAUGUAGCCCCUCCUCAGAUACCUGAUUUUACAUCCUCUUCACAAUACUAACGACAGUUGUUAAAAUACACUAUCUUAUUUGGUAUAUUUAAUACCCUUGGCAAAUAUAUGGAAUCUGGUUUGUGAACCCUCAUGCAUGUUGAGUAUCAGGUGAAGACAUUGCGAGUUGCUGAAUGUCAGUUAAUCCCAUGUAGCAUUAGAUGAUAGUUGAUUUUCACA